AAGAAGUGAGAUUGUAGAUGAAAAUGGAAUUGUUUCUGUAUUUUUACUUUGUAAUAUAUUUGCUAUUGCAAAAGGGAAACAAGAAACAGGAAACAACCAUUGGAUUUGAUUUCUAGUCAAUGAAAUUGAUUGUGAUUGUCAUUUUUUGCCUUAAAUGUCUUUUUAUUUCUACUGAUUAUGUCAUCAUCGAAUGGCCAAUUAAAUAAAGAUGUAUUUAAUAUCUAGCAAAAGUGAAAAAUAAACCCGAACCCCGACCAUAAAUCAAUUCGGGCCAUAACUGGGUCGUUAAGCCCAUUUGGGCCAGCCCAUCUGCCUAAUGUUUUUGUAUCCGACUAAACCUUGUCAAUUGCUGACCAAAAACUUGCUUGUUAAGUAAUUAGGGGCCACAGAUUUACUAGUUCAGUUUGAUCCUUUACAAGCUGCAGGCCUAGUGAAUUUAUACCCAACGAGUCAAUUAAGUUUAAAUUAAAAUAUUAAAUUAAUUCAAGACCAAAAAGAAUAAUUCUGACAAAAUAAUAAUAAAUUAUUUAAAAUAUAAUAAUCGAUUCAAUGGACUAACUUUAAGCCAGUUGAAUUUUGAGUCGAGUUACAUUAGGCUAAAUUUUAACCAGAAUCUAAUUUUGUUAAUCUGAAGGCAUAUUUGAUCCAUCGAACUCAAAUUUAUUCUAUCAACCCUACCUUCAACGAAUCCCAUUAAAUUAAGAGGCAUUAUUUUUAACUAAACAAACUCUUGCUCAACUUAGAAGGGAAAACUUAAAAAAUGUGUUUGUUAAAUGUAUAAACCCGUUGAAGAGUUUCAAUAUUUAAGAUAGUUCAAUUUUUUAUAAUCUCUUUUAAUCAUCACUCAUCCAGGUUCACCAAACAGUGUUUUGUUCGUUUAUUUUUUAUUCUUAAAUUUUAAAUUGCAUCAGAUUUCAAUUCAUUGUGAGAGAAACAUUAUUUUCAAUGCAUGAACAACCAACAAAUUAAUUUUAGCAUAAUUAGUUAACGUUACAAGUUUUUUAAAGAUUGUUAAUAUUACCUUAUUUCUCAAGGAGAGUUGUUAAUCGAUUUAACUAAAUCACAUCAUAUGUUAGUAUGAUAGUUUACACAAACGAUAAUUAAAUUGACAAUAACAGACAUCUCCAUUCUGAAAACAGUUUAUGUUUACAAUGUUAACAACCAUUAACCAAACCCUCCAACAAAAUAUGCCAUACAGUUACACACCCUUUCACUACCUCUCAAUAAAAUUAACGCAAAUGGUGACCACUAAAAAUGUAUUUAUUAAAAGAGGAAUGUAUAUUACAAUUUAAAAACAUGAAAUUCAUUCAAUACUCUUUUUUAAGUAACUUAAAGACAUUGCUUCAAAAAAAAAAUCUUAAGACAUUUAUUAUUAAACCCUAAAAUUAAUAAAAUAUUAAUAACAUGUUUUACUUUUAAAAAUGUAUUUUUUAUUAUUACACAAAUUUUAUAUGAUUUUCAAUUUGGUGAAUAUAACUGUUUUUGACAUGAAACACGUGUGAAAUUCGUCUGGUAAUACAACAAAGCCUAGCAGAACCAACACUGUCAAAAAAUAAUUAAAUCUCAUAAAUACGUUAAUUAGAUUCAAUUUUCAACCAAAUUUGCCCAUUGAAUAAUAAACUAUAUAUCAAUGAAACAUGUUUCCUAGAAAACAUUGGUGAACAAAAUAUCUAUAUUUCCCAAGUAAUUAACAACAGUACUACUCCAGAAUCAAAACCAAUGAAUAUGCCAUUUCUAUAAUUGUAUUCCUACUUGUCUUCCAAAUAUAUCAAACAUUCUAUCUGUCAUCCGAAACAAACGCUAAAACUAGUGGAACAUAACUUCUUUCUCUUUUAUUCUCCUCCAAAUUUCCCUCCCAUUAUAUACCAUUCUUUUUUCUUUCUUUUCUCUCUACUUUCCUUCUCCUUCCCCGCGUCCCCACGCGGUCGCCACCACUUUCAACCUCUCUUUCUCCUACGGCAAUUUAGAAACUCUAAGAAAACAAAUAAAAAGAAAUAAAAGCAAAAGAUAGCGGUUGGAAAAAAGGAGAAAAUGAAAAAUACCUUAUCGCACAGAAUAGUAGCAAUAAUAGCGAAUCUGUUGUUGUUGUUGGUUUGUGAUGGACAAGGUUUGGAGGGCGGAAAACUGGCAUCGGCGCCGCCGUCAAUGACGGAGCUAGACAAUUGCGACGGCCUGUUCCUGACGUACAGCUUAUUGGGAAGGGAGAAGGAAUUUCCGCACGUGAAAAAUGUGUCGAAACAGGCGUGGGCGUUCAAGGCGGAAGCGUCGUUGAUGAACGUGGGGGAUGAGGAGGUGACGGGUUGGAAGAUGUUCGUUGGGUUUCAGCAUAAGGAGAUUCUCGUCUCCGCCGACGGUGCCGUUCUCAUUGACGCUGGCGACUUUCCGGCCGAGGUUGGGAACGGAACCACCCUUGUGGGAAACGACGUUACGGAUUUGAAAACGGCGAUUGAUACCGCCGGUGAUGUUAACCAGAUGGGUGUGAGGAUUCAGAUGACUGGAACGCAGUUUGGUUUGGGAGUUGGCGCCACCCCUAUGCCUAAGACUAUACGUCUCGAGAAUGAUGGAUUCAAAUGCCCCGCACCUGGUCGUAAAGGGUCGAGAAUGUUUGUAUGCUGCAGAAAGGACCCCAAAAUGAAGGCAAAACUACAGAAGAAAACAAAGUACCCUCCUCGUCGCUAUGGAGAUCUAACCAUAGCAUACGAUGUGCUUCAAGCCUUCCAGAACAACUACUACGCCCAAGUAACAAUUGACAACAACCACCCAUUGGGUCGUCUUGAUCACUGGAACUUGACAUGGGAAUGGCAAAAGGGUGAGUUCAUUUACUCCAUAAAAGGAGCAUAUGCUCGCAAAAGGGACCCUUCUGAGUGCUUAUAUGGUCUUGCUGGAAAGUACUACAAGGACUUAGAUUUCUCACAAGUCACAAGCUGUCAGAAAAAACCAAUCCUCUUUGACCUUCCUGCUGAAAAAGCAAAAGAUGAGAAGCUUGGUAAAAUCCCAUGGUGCUGCAGGAAUGGCACUGUUUUGCCUCCAAUCAUGGACAAGAACCAAGCAAGGUCAAUUUUUCAGUUGCAAGUGUUCAAGAUGCCACCUGAUACAGACAACAGAACCGCUCUCACUCCCCCUUCAAAGUGGAACAUUGAUGGUGUCAUCAAUCCACAGUACAAAUGUAGUGCUCCAGUUAGAGUUGACGCACAAGAAUUCCCUGACCCAAGUGGGCUUAGAUCAAUUACCACAGCUGUGGCUAGUUGGCAAAUAGUUUGCAAUAUCACCAAACCUAAACCUCAAGAAACCCGUUGUUGUGUCUCAUUCUCAGCAUUCUACAAUGAAUCUGCUAUCCCUUGUAACACUUGUGCUUGUGGUUGUGAUGAUACAAGGAAGUGCAACUCCAAAGCCUCUCCUUUGCUUCUUCCACCCGAUGCUCUUCUUGUCCCUUUUGUUAACAGAACCUUGAAAGCACGUGCAUGGGCCAAACUCAGGCACACGCAUUUGCCUAGUAAGUUACCCUGUGGAGAUAACUGUCCCAUUAGCAUAAACUGGCACGUGAGUUCAGAUCACAAGGAUGGAUGGACGGCUAGGAUCACGCUUUUCAAUUGGGAAAGCUAUUCCUUUGAUGAUUGGUUCACGGCUAUUCAGUUGAACAGAACUUUCGAAGAUUUUGAAGAUGUGUACUCCUUCAAUGGGACAAGAAUUCCGGGUCUCAAAACCGUCUUCUUGCAUGGACUAAAGGGUUUGAAUUAUUUGGCUGGAGAAACCAAUGGAACCCAUGCUUACGACCCAAAGGUGCCAGGAAAGCAACAAACUGUGAUUUCUUUCACUAAGAAGCACGAGAAACACUUUGAUAUUAUGCAUGAUGGGUACCCCACUAAGGUGUUCUUCAAUGGAGAAGAAUGUGCACUACCUCCAAUUAGACCUGCCAAAAGUUCAGGGCAUCACUCUUCCACCAGUGUCAUUGCUAGAAUUUGGCUCUUGGUUUUGGUAAAGAUCCGCUUUAAAAGGUAUUUGCUUUUUCCUUCAGGGCUGCUCUCAUAUAUCACUCUCAUCAACGACGGGGUGCUUAGACAAACUUGA